UUUCAUUUCCACGUGUCAUUAUGAAUUUUAUCAUUCACUCACUCAUUACCAUGGAACAAAACAUGACAAAGAUAAGGAACCAAUCUUAAGAAAAAGCUCUACCCAAAAAAAUGAGCUGCUCAUUCAGCCUCCAUGUUCCCAAAGCUCUACCUCCUCUUCCCUAUUAUUCAUCAUCAUCACCUUCUCUCUUCAUUUCUUCCAAGCUCAAACCAUUCCACAACAACACUUCUACUCCUUCCAACCAAUCACGACAUAUAGUAAAAUGCAGCACCCAAAAGCCAAAGGAUCAUGUCAGUCUAAAGAAACCAAAUUUGGCACUGCCCAUAGGAGCAGUACUCUUGGCCUUGGCUGAGCAUCCAGCAGCAUUAGCAGUAACUGGAACAAAUAAUCAUCCACAAGAACUCUCAUUCAUUUUGAUACAACUAGGGAUUGUGUUCUUUUUCUACUUCAUUACUGCACCACCAUUGAUCUUGUUCUGGCUUUGGAAAAGAUGGUACAGAAGAAAGCUUGUUGAAAUGUAUUUCCAGUUCAUGUUUGUCUUCAUUUUCUUCCCAGCGUUACUUGUUUGGGUACCGUUUCUAAACUUCAGGAAGUUUCCAAGGGAUCCAGACAUGGAGUAUCCUUGGUCUAUACCUGAAGAUCCUUCAAAAAUAAGAAAUGCAUACUAUAAGUACCCUUUUGCUGAUCCUGAGGAUUAUGACUAGUCAUCAAACUACCAAUAACAAAUCAUGUAUCAUUUUAUGCCUAAACUACACUAUUAUUGAUAAAUACGAUUUGGUUAUACCUUUUUUUUCUGCUUUUGAUCUUUGAAUGGCCAUUCAGCUGUAACUUUGUAAAAAUUAAAGGAACUUUUGAAUUCAAAGUUGACACCACAUUUCCA